AUGGAGGAACUGCUCACACCUGUGAGCCAAACCUAUCGGCGGCCGACGGAUGAAGCCGAGCUUCUAACUGUCUCCAAAUACACCACCGCGAAACCCGUUACGGAGACCCGGUCUGAGUUCAAAGGUUCGUCACCCGAGGAGGCACUGGAGGCACUGAAAAGCCAGCCUGGUCAUGAGACUUUGCUGUCUGUUUUGGCAUAUCUCCAAAAGGGGGUUAAUGGCAAGCAUCCCUUCAACGUCAAGACACCGAGUCCUCAAGGUGCACAGAUCGUCCAUGUGCUAGUUACCGAGAUUGUCCCCAACUACUGGACAGUCCUGAAUGAGGGAUCUUCGAGCAAGAAGAGGUCAACUGCAGCUGAUUGUCUGGUUAGCUGUCUUCAAAGCAUACCAGGAAUCAAUGCUGGCCUGGCUUAUCUGCGUGCUCUGAUACGGGAAGCGAAGUCGAAUCCUCAAGGCCUGAAGCAGUCACACGCCGCCUUCAAUUUGGGAUUUGUCCUUGAGCUACUGUCCCAAAUUCUGCAAUAUGAUGAUGAAGCGAAGCGCAUCUGGAGCAGUAUCAGCUCCUCUGUAGACAACCCCUCGAAGCUUCGACCUUUACGGCAGGAGUUUAUCUCCUUGAUCGCCAGCGGAAAGAUCCUUUCACUGUGUGCAGAAGGCGAGGAUGUCCUAAAAGAGGCAGAUAAUCUAGAUAACCCAUUAUGGGUAGCAGACGCCAAAGAGUAUGUCCUGUGGCUGGGGCGCAACCUGGUAUCUUGGACCAAGUCUGCCGACUCAGUUGAUGAAUUCAAGCUGGUUGCGGAUAUUUUGAGCCGCGCUCUGAAAUUAGGACACUAUGAGCUUCUUAUCCAACUACUCUUAACAGACCUACUGCUUCAGGAAAACCAUAAACAGUCUGCAUUCACGAAACUGGUUGAUUCUCUACCGCAGAGUGAGCAACGAAAGCUGUUGUUCGUGGUACUGAAGCUUCUGUCUUCCCAGUAUCUUAUCUCAGUGGAUUCUGAUGCCGCAACGGAAAAUUACCCUCUCGUUUGGGCAGCAGCUGGAGUGAUAGCAGCCGUCUUAGGUGACAGCGGAACGAGGAGAGGUCACCUGGUGAGUUGGCUGACAGGUGCGGUGGGAGCGGGGAUAGGAGAGACCUCUGGGAUCAGACGAGCCGCUGUUGCCGUCUUGGCUGACAAUAAGGAGGCCAUCACGACGGUGGUAGAAAAGAACCUCAGUCAAUUUGGUGAUCAACUUUAUAUCAGACAUGUACCCAUGCUUCAACAAGAAGCACACGCCCAGGUGCUGCUGCUUAGCGCCGGCUACCUUCACCGGAUUUCGCCAAUCAAAUUGACGGUAAUUCUGCGUUCGAGCACUUAUUUGAACACAAUAUCCAACAGGAUCGCCGCAUCUCAGACGAGGAUCGGCUUCCUUGGGAUGGUCGUUGGAGAAGCACUGUCAGGCCUUGUCCAUAAGGAUGACAAGAAACUAGACUUCCACAUGGAUGAAACAAAUACGGAAGAAGCUAGCUGGUAUAAGUCUCUCGUCCAUGUUUCGGACAAAAUUGGUCCUACCAAUCCGUUGCAAACUGAGAGCUCCUCUGAGCGGCCACGAAAGGCAUCGAAGCCGACAAAGUCAACACCCAAACCGGCACAGCCUUCUCGAGUUCCGCCAAAGAAUGGCUUCAUCAUCGAAGAAGUAGAAGAUGAUGGGAGCGAAGAAGACGACCUUGUCCCGUACGGCAAGCCCGAUUCUGAUGCCGAAGACUCAGACGAUGACCCGACCCUGAUCAACCGGGAUAAGCCCAAGGCUCCGGUAUACAUAAGGGAUCUCAUUACAUAUUUUAGAGACACGCAGAAUUUUGACUGCCAAAAACUUGCGCUGACUACGGCUCCUACCCUGAUCCGUCGGAAAGCCAACUACGGCACAGAAGUGAGUUCACAUAUCGAAGAGCUCGCAACACUUCUUGUUGGUCUCGAAGACAAGUAUGAGCUGGAAGACUUCCACAAUCUCCGACUCCAAGGAAUGAUCGCCGUUAUAAUCGCUCAGCCACAGAAGAUGGGUCAAUGGUUUGCCAAGACCUUUUUCGACGGCGAUUAUUCUUUGGGCCAGCGAGCUUCCGUCCUCGUAGUUCUCGGCUUGAGCGGCCGCGAGAUCGCCGGCUUUGAUAUCUCCGAGUAUGCGGAUGCAGCAUCUUUUCCAUCGAAGCAGUUGCCUUCAAAACUGGAAAAGCACUACUCGCUGCCCUCGGCCACCGAUCGCCUCACGUCAUCAACCUCGCAUCUUAAAGCGUUGCCCCCUAAUGCCGUUGACAACAUUUCGCAAACCCUCUCGCAGAAUUUCCUGGCACCGCUCGCCGCCGAAGCAGCAGACGCUGCCACCGGUCCGGAUGCACUCAAGCUCUCAUCUUUUACUUCUCGCCUCCAGUCAAAUAAUGCGAUGAUGAGGGGAAAGUCCAAGCCGCGCGGCAUCCGGUCCAUUCCAAACACAACUGCCUCCCUACUCGCCACAUCCUUCUUCUUCCCCCUAACUUCUCGCUUCCAAGCAGCGCUACAUUCCUCGUCCGCCGCACGCGGCGUCCUCUUUCAGCCCUCUCUGCUCGUCCUGUACAUCAAGACCCUCGCACUGCUCCUACACGCCGCCGGACCCAGCACCCUAGCGCUGCCGCAGAUGACGACCGAGUUCUGGGACCUGCUGCUAGGUGUCCGGGGCCAGUGCAUCGGCAAUAUGACGAUCACGCAGGCCGUGCUUUUCGGCCUGAUGGCGCUGUUGGACGUAAACGAGGGAGACAUGCGGGGCCUCUGCGAGAGGCAGGGCCGCGAGGUAGUUGAGAGUGUCGAGUGGGUUAGUGGCGUGUUUGAUCAAACUCUAGGUGGGGAUGCUGGGGGAGAUGGGGAAGAGAACCAGGUCAAGAUGAUGGCGGCGGGUGUGUUGAUACGCCUGAAGGAGGCGGUGGAAAAGUACCGAGCGCUUUUGAUGGGGGAUCUGAUAGGUGUUGCGUGA